CCUCCCCCUCUGACGUCACUUCCUGCCUGGCUCCUCUUGGAGAUAAGCGGCUCCCUGGAGAAGUGCGGCAGUUUCGUUCGCCUUUAAACUGCAGCAGAAGCAGCAGCGGCGCUGCAGUGUCUUUGGCCCUCUUGGGGUCUGCACCUUUCCUGCUCUGCAAGCCUUCGGCCUGGGCAUAGUGAUCCCUAUUUGGCUUUGCUCACAGAAUAAGUGGACCUGCUCCUUCUGAACGUGGCCUCAGAAGGCAGAAAACUAUUCCCUGAAGCAGAGAAGGGAUGAGGACCCCGUGAAAGACCAAGAGAUCAAAUAUGGAACAGCAAGACUCACCUACCUCUGAAGCAGGACUUGGCCCUGAUGCCAUCAAGCCUGAGACCCAUGGGGAGGAAUUCUUGGGGGGAAACGUGCAGAAGAUCUUGGGGGAGAACCCCCUCAGCUCAGAUGUGCAGCGCCAGCAGUUCCGGCGUUUCCGCUACCAGGAGGCUGAGGGGCCCCGAGAGGUUUGCAGCCGACUCCACCUUCUUUGCCAUGAGUGGCUGAAGCCACACUCAAAGAACCAGAUCCUGGACCUGGUGAUCCUGGAGCAGUUCCUGGCUGUCCUGCCCCCAGAGAUGGAGAGCUGGGUGAGGGAGUGUGGAGCGGAGACCAGUUCCCAGGCGGUGGCCCUGUGCGAAGGUUUCCUCCUGAGCCUGGCAGAGGACGAGAAGCAGGCAGAGCAGCAGGAAAAGGGUCUCUAUGCAGAAAUAGGAACUGAUUUCCCUGAGGCAGAGAGGACUCCAUCAGACCGCAGGCAGAGGCUUCUGGGUGAUGGAAUGAUGUCAGCGAGACCUAAUAAGUCAUCUCCCCUUUCUGGUGGAGGAGAAACUGUUGCUGUCUCCCCAGAUCAGGAUCCAGUGUCUUUGGAGGAUGUGGCUGUGGUUUUCACGGAAGAGGAGUGGGCUUUGCUGAAUCCUGACCAGAGAGCUCUGCAUAACGAAGUCAUGGAGGAGAUUUGUAGGACUCUGUCCUGUCUUGAAGGUGAUGAAUGGAAAGCCAAGAGGAAGGGAGAACUAUGUGGGCAAGAGAGACGGGAAAGAGACAGAUCUGAAAAGAGGGAAGAGCAGAGAAGGAAUCCUGAAGCAGAAGAGAAAAGGAGGAAUAAAUCUUGCGCUUCUCAGGGCAGUGGCUACCAUAAAACUGUGAUCCGAGAAAAAACAGAUCAAAGAAGGAAAAGAAAGAAAUAUUUUCAUUGUUGGAAAAGUCUCAUUUCUAAAAGAAAAUGUAAAGCCCACAACAAAAACCAGAAAAGGGAGAAACCUUAUAAGUGCUUGGAAUGUGGAAAGAGCUUCAGCUACAAGAAAAAUCUCACUGCCCACCAAAGAAUUCACACUGGGGAGAAACCUUAUAAGUGCUUGGAAUGUGGAAAGAGCUUCAGCUGGAAACACCGACUCACUGCCCAUCAAAGAAUUCACACUGGGGAGAAACCUUAUAAGUGCUUAGAAUGUGGAAAGAGCUUCCAUCAGAAGACAUAUCUGACUUCCCAUCAAAGUAUUCACAUGGGAGAGAAACCAUAUAAGUGCUUGGAAUGUGGAAAGAGCUUCAGCUGGAAAAACAAACUCACUGCCCAUCAAAUAAUUCACACUGCGGAGAAACCUUAUAAGUGCUUGGAAUGUGGAAAGAGCUUCAGCUGGAAACACAGACUCUCUGCCCAUCAAAGAAUUCACACCGGGGAGAAACCUUAUAAGUGCUUAGAAUGUGGAAAGAGCUUCCAUCAGAAGACAUAUCUGACUUCCCAUCAAAGCAUUCACAUGGGAGAGAAACCAUAUAAGUGCUUGGAAUGUGGAAAGAGCUUCAGCUGGAAAAACAAACUCACUGCCCAUCAAAGAAUUCACACUGGGGAGAAACCUUAUAAGUGCUUAGAAUGUGGAAAGAGCGUCACCUGGAAACAGCAACUCACUGUCCAUCAAAGAAUUCACACCAGGGAGAAACCUUAUAAGUGCUUAGAAUGUGGAAAGAGCUUCACCUGGAAACAGCAACUCACUGUCCAUCAAAGAAUUCACACCAGGGAGAAAUCUUAUAAGUGCUUAGAAUGUGGAAAGAGCUUCCAUCAGAUGAUACAUCUGACUUCCCAUCAAAGUAUUCACACGGGAGAGAAACCUUAUAAGUGCUUGGAAUGUGGAAAGAGCUUCAGCUGGAAAAACAAACUCACUGCCCAUCAAAGAAUUCACACCGGGGAGAAACCUUAUAAGUGCUUAGAAUGUGGAAAGAGCUUCCGUCAGAAGUCACAUCUGACUUCCCAUCAAAGUAUUCACACGGGAGGGAAACCUUAUAAAUGCCUGGAAUGCGGAAAGGGCUUCAGCUACAAGAAAAAUCUCACUGCCCAUCAAAGAAUUCACACCGGGGAGAAACCUUAUAAGUGCUUAGAAUGUGGAAAGAGCUUCAGCUGGAAACACCAAGUCACUGCUCAUCAAAGAAUUCACACCGGGGAGAAACCUUAUAAGUGCUUAGAAUGUGGAAAGACCUUCCAUCAGAAGACAUAUCUGACUUCCCAUCAAAGUAUUCACAUGGGAGAGAAACCAUAUAAGUGCUUGGAAUGUGGAAAGAGCUUCAGCUGGAAAAACAAACUCACUGCCCAUCAAAGAAUUCACACUGGGGAGAAACCUUAUAAGUGCUUAGAAUGUGGAAAGAGCUUCCGUUGGAAGGCACAUCUGACUUCCCAUCAAACAAUUCACAAUGGGGAGAAGCCAUAUAAAUGUCUGGAAUGUGGAAAGGGCUUCACUACAAAUUCCUCUCUCAAUUUGCAUCAGAGUAUUCACUCAGGAGAGAAACCAUAUAAGUGCUUAGAAUGUGGAAAGAGCUUCCGUCGGAAGGCACAUCUGACUUCCCAUCAAACAAUUCACACAAGGGAGAAACCAUAGAACUGCUUGGAAUGUGGAAAGAGCUUCAGAAAUAGCAUAAGUCCUUUUUGUUUAUCAGUGUUGAACAGGAGGUUGCCGACCUGUUGCCUGUGAGUGUUUUGGAGGCCUGUGAAGACGUUCAGUAGCGUCCCCAAUGCCCCUGCACUGUGGGAUGUUAGAGAAGAGAUCCUGACCUUCCCCUGUGUGAUCCUGGCCUCCCUUCUCUUUUCACACAACACUGCCCUCACCCAGAACCGAUCCCCCCUUUCUUUGUAGAGUGAAUUCUGAUUUUCCCAAUCUUGGGAAAAUCCUAAAAUAAAAAUACAAAUUCAA